UCUUCUGUCAAUCUGUGACGCAGUGAACUGAAUUGUCAAAAGUCAAAACCUGAAAUUUAGUCUUUUCGGUUUCAAUUCCUUAUAUUUUAAUUAAAUCUUUCAUCUAACAAUGUCUGAUAAUAAAGAUGUUUCCAAAAAGGACGCUGAUCCUGAGCUCGGUGACUUAUUGGACAGUGCACUCCAAGAUAUGAUACAAAAAACGGAAGGAAAGACAGAAGAAAAUGAGAACAAGACAGAGGAAGAGGCACCUGCCAAUGUGUGGAAUGAAGAAUUCAUAAGAGAAGCUGCAGCCCAAUUUGAGAGUAACAUGGCUGCUCUACUCGGAAAUUUCAGUGGAAUACCAGAUGAGAAUGUAACUCAAGAACAGAUUGCGCAUACCUUCUCCAAAAUGGCUGAGGCAGCAGCUCAAGUGCUGAAGCCACCCUCAGAUACACCUGCGGUGGAAAAUGCUAAUGAUACUGCGACUCAGGAGAAAAUAAAUGAGGUUUCGGAAGCGAUUACGAGAACUUUGCAGAAUCUUAACACAGAUUCAGAAAAUCUUCAGACACCAUUCUCUGAAAAUGAUUUAGCUAACAUGUUUGCCAACUUUAAUAUGGGUGAAGGUGGACAGGAGAACAAUAUGUUUGUGCCAUUCAUGCAAGGCAUGAUGCAAUCACUUUUAUCCAAGGAGGUUCUGUACCCGUCACUAAAAGACCUUGUAGAACGUUACCCCACAUGGCUGGCUGAAAAUAAAGGCAAGAUUGAACAGGCUGAGUAUGAAAGAUUCGAAAAGCAACAAAAGUUGAUGGAGGAGGUAUGCGCCGAACUAGAGCCGGAGCAAGAGUCCGACCCUGAAGAUGUCAAAAGGAAACGCUUUGAAGUCGUAUUGAAUCUCAUGCAGCAGAUGCAAGACCUCGGUCAACCCCCCAAGGAUCUGGUGGGUGACAUAGGCGCCCCUCCUCCAGGCUUCGCACCCCCUACUGCCCAAGAUGGUGGGCAAUGUGCUAUAAUGUAACCAUUAACAAUAUGAACUAACGAGGUAUGGAUAAUGUACGGAGGCUAAGAUGGUUUUACUAUUAGUAAAUAUUUAAAAAACAUGUGAUGUAUUAAGUCAUCACAUUUUUUUUUCUUUUAACCAUUUGUCAAAGUGCAGAGAAAUGCAAUAAAGGUUCUAACUUGUUUCAUUGAAUAAAUAAUAAGGGAUAUAUCUUUUAUGUAUCAAUAAAAAUGCAAUCCGUCUUGCAGUAUAGUUUUAUUACUUGAAAAAUAUUUCUUUUUCUAUAUGGAAUUAUAAUGAUCGAUGUAUACCCAAAUAAUCGGAAGAUUCUGACAGCUGUCAAAUGGUGUUUCGACAUUUCAUAUGUCAUUCAUGUGUUGUCUAUGACCGACUUAUAAAUAUAAAAAAUAUCAAUUGAAUUAAUC